AUGGACCAAUUCGCCGUGUAUCCCAGCCUCCGCGACAAAGUGGUGCUGAUGACGGGCGGCGCAGAGGGCAUCGGCGCGGCGGCCGUGGAACUCUUCUGCCGGCAAGGCUCGCAGGUCGUCUUCCUAGACAUUGCCGACGACGCGGCGGCCCGGCUCGCGGAGCGCGUGGGCUCGCUCGAGGGCGCCAGCAAGCCGACGUUUUGGCACUGCGACGUGACGGACCUCGACCAGCUCGAGCGGUGCGCGCAGCGGGUGCUCGCGCGGUUUGGGCGCGUCGACGUGCUCGUCAACAACGCCGGGGCGGCGGGCAGCAGCUCGCGCGUGCCGACGGCGCGGGUGACGCGGGCCUCGUUCGAGCUCGACGUCAACGUCAACCUGCGGCACCAGUUCUUCCUGACGCAGCACGUGGCGCCGGCCAUGCAGCGCCAGGGCUCGGGCAGCAUCAUCAACCUGGGCUCCAUCAUGUGGCGCAUCGCCGCGCCCGAGGCGCCCGUCUACACGACGUGCAAGGCGGCCGUCGUGGGCAUGACGAGGACGCACGCCCGCGAGUUUGGCCCGCACGGCGUCCGCGUCAACAGCAUCAUGCCCGGGUCCAUUGCCACGCGGAGGCAGAUCGAGUCGGUCCUGACCGACGAGUACAAGGCCGAGAGCCUGGCGGCCCAGUGUCUGAAGAGGGUCCUGAUGCCCGUCGAGGUGGCGAGGCUCAUGCUGUUCCUGGCCGCCGACGACUCGAGCGCCAUCACGGGCGGCAGCCACGUGUGUGACGGGGGAUGGGUUGGCGAUACUUGA